AAGAAGAAUACACAUCACAGGUGCCCUCUGCGACAAGCACUCACCUUUCUGCAUGUUCAAGACUCCACCGGUGGUCAACGGAACACUUGAUUUAUCGAGAUAUAAGACUGACGCAGUGUACAAAACAUGAGGACUGUAAGAACGUGUUUAUGUAAGCUAAUAUGAGUCACUUCGACUUUGACGGGCCAGGACGCCUCAUUGCCGGUGAUUAAAAUCGGGAAAGUCCGUGGAUGUGAGGACAUGGCCGACGACCCGCAGAGAAAUUUUCGGUCAGCAUACUAUGAGAAAGUCGGCUUCAGGGGAGUGGAGGAGAAAAAGUCUCUCGAGAUACUACUGAAGGACAACCCUCUCGAUGUUGAGAAGUUGAGCACAUUUAGCCAGAGGUUCCCUUUGCCUUCAAUGUACAGGAUUCAUGUUUGGAAGGUCCUUCUUGGUAUCUUACCACCUCACAGUGACUCUCACUCGCUGGUUACACGUUAUCGGGCGGAGCAGUAUGAAGAUGUGCAAGCAGCGCUCAUAGCGAUGCGAUUUGUUAAUGCGUCGACACCGCCCACUGAGCUCUGUCUUCGCAUGUUUCAGCUGGAGAACCAGCAGCUGCCACGUAGGACAGAGCUAACGCAACCUGAUGAAGAAGAUGAACAUUUCUUGGCCAUUGCCAAAGCGAUGGAAGAAAUUGUUGAUGACCCGGUGGACUGCUAUUGGCUGGUCAGAUGCUUUGUCAACCAGUUUAACAACAAAUUUGGAGAUUCCAUACCACAUCUUCCAAAGAGUCUAGAGCACUUCCUCUCUCAGGAGGACAGUCGUCUGUUGGCCCAUCUUAAGGCAUCUGGCUGCUUGUCAGCUCUGCCCUACUCUCUCUGGUUUAGACGCUGUUUCGCAGGAUGCCUGCCUGAGACAAGCUUGCAAAGGGUGUGGGAUAAAGUUAUCAGUGGCUCCUGUAAGAUCCUGGUCUUUGUCGCGAUGGAGAUUCUACUUACCUAUAAGAUUAUGCUCAUGGGAAUGAAUCGACCUGAGAGUGUGGCCAACUUCCUAACCAAUCUGCCACAGGAAAACACAGAUGCCAUAGUGACCAAGGCCAUAGACUUAUGGCACAAAUACUGUGGGACCCCGAUGCACUCUGUCUAACACACGCGCAUGCAUAUGCACAUACAGAUGUAGAACAUCUGCCGACAACUUUAUCUAUAAGGAUAUGACUGAGUUCAGGCAAUGUAUGUUUAUCAGCACUACAUGGCCGUUGGGUCUUUCUGUAACUGAAAGGACUUAUAUAAAACUCACGGUCUUCAAGUUUGAAUGUAUUUUUUAAUAAGGUUUCUUUACAUCAGAAACUGCAUACAUCACCCAAGAGCAACAGUGGGUUACAACAUUACAUGCACAUCCUCUCUAGACAAAAUUCGCUCAGCCAAUAGCAGCACGAGAGAGGAAUAAGUGACAAGUACAGCAAGACUGUAAACAAAACACAUACACUGCUCAAAAAUGUCAGUUAACCUGCUCUACAUAGAUCCGUGUGCAUGUGUGUCUGCGAGAACUGUCCUCACAACAGUUCUUUAUUAAUGCCCUGUCUUGUUUAUCAAAGUCAAUUAGAAAUGUUUCAAAGACUUAAAAAUUCAUCCUUUUUGGCCACACAAAACUUCCAACUUGUCAGUUUUGGAGUGAGUGAUAAAAAUAAAAGAA